GGAAGAAUUACUAGCUAACCUAAAUUUUAAUUGUCAAAGUCAAAAAUUUGUAUAAAAAUUUAAAAAAGAAUCCAAAUUAUUUUGGAAACUUUGCCAAAUUCGUCAGUAUUGGCAGUAUUUUAGUUUAGUUUAUAACAAUGUUACCUUCGUUACGAUUUUUAGGAAAUGGCAUGAGAUCCCUAGGCUUGAGGAGUCUUCAGACUUCUUCAGCUCUACGACAUGACUCGUUAUUCGUUCAUAGAGAUACCCCGGAGGAUAAUCUGGACAUUCCUUUUGAAUUUACAGAAGAUAAUAAAAAAAGAAUUGAUGCUAUCUUGGCCAUAUACCCUGAGGGACACAAACGGGGGGCCAUGAUCCCUAUAUUAGACCUAGCUCAAAGACAACACGGCUGGCUCCCUAUAUCUGCCAUGCAUAAAGUUGCAAAUAUACUAAACUUGCCUUAUAUGAGAGUGUAUGAAGUUGCCACCUUUUACACAAUGUUCAUAAGAAAACCUACAGGAAAGUUCCAUGUCCAAAUCUGCACCACCACUCCCUGUUGGUUAAGAGGAUCUGACGAAAUCUUAGACACAAUUAAGAAAAAUCUGUGCUUAGAAGUGGGCGAGACAAGUAAAGACAAGCUAUUUACUUUAUCAGAAGUUGAAUGUUUGGGAGCCUGUGUAAAUGCACCCAUGGUACAAAUCAAUGAUGACUAUUAUGAAGAUUUAACUGUGCAGGACACAGAACAAAUUUUAAAAGAGCUCAAAGCUGGAGGAAAACCAAAACCAGGACCAAGAAGUGGCAGAUUCGCUGCCGAACCUCUGGGGAAUCCCACUUCGCUUAAGGGAGAACCAACAGGACCAGGUUUUGGAGUUAGAGCCGAUUUGUAAAUAAAAUAAACUUGUUUUGAACAAGUUAACACGUGAAAAGUUAUUUAUAAUAAAGAUAAUAAAAAUAU